UUCCAGGUCUUUUACGUUUGUUUUAUUUUAAUCAGAAAGAGUAGCAAGUAGAGAACUAAGUUGGGGCAAUAAGCUACUGUAUUUACUAAUUGACCUUUGAUCAGAAAAAUGGUACCUGUCUUUUCUUAUCAAGAAGGUCGACCUUUGAUCGGUAUCAUUCAAGAGGGUAUAACGUAAAUUUUUAAAUCGUGGAUGCUCACCUUAUAAUAGCGAAACAACAGCAAUGACAAAGACCGAGAGUUUAAAAUAAACGGGAACUACACAGUUUCAGAAUGCAGACAAAUUUUCUAGUGAAAUCCCAGUAAUUUCUGCUGGAAAUAGAAACGGUGUGAUCCAAUUGGAGACUCAGAAAAUGGGUUUCAAGCUAUUAAUUUGGUAUUGCAGACCAGUGGAGAAUGGGGUUUGGGCAAAGGAAACAGAGAGUGCUUUUGGGGCAUACACACCCUGCGCCUUAGAUUCUGUAGUGGGGUGUGUGUCCCAUUUGGUUCUUCUGGGAUUGUGUUUAUAUAGAAUAUGGUUGACUAAGAUGGAUUACAGGAUCCAGAGAUAUCGAUUGAGGUCAAAUUUGUACAAUUCUUUUUUGGCAUUGCUGGCCGGGUUUUGUGCUGCUGAGCCCUUGUUCAGAUUGACUAUGGGCAUUUCACUUUUCAAUUUGGAUGCACAGAGUUGUCUGGCUCCAUUUGAGAUGCUAUCAUUGGGAAUUGAGGCACUUGCAUGGUUCUCAUUAGUGUCUAUGCUGGGCUUGGAAACAAAAAUUUACAUUAGCAAGUUCCGGUGGUAUGUCCGAUUUGGACUGGUUUAUGUUUUGGUAGCAGAUGCUGUGAUGUUCAAUUUAAUAUUUGCACUGAGGGAUUUUUGUCCAAGGUCGGUACUGUAUCUAUAUUGCUCUACACUUGCCUGCCAGGUUUUGUUAGGAGUGCUGCUUCUUGUUUAUGUCCCACAACUGGAAUCCUACCCUGGCUACAUCCCAUUAUCUGGUGAAUCUGCUGAUGAAAAUAAACAUGAUACUUUCCUUGGAGAAGACAUUUGUCCAGAGCGACAUGCCAAUUUGUUGGACAGAAUAUAUUUUGGAUGGAUGACCCCCCUCAUGCAACAAGGUUACAAAAGACCAAUAACUGAUAAGGAUGUUUGGAAACUGGAUUCCUGGGAUCAGACUGAGACACUGAUUAAAAAGUUCCAUCAAUGUUGGGCUGAAGAAUCUCAAAGACCAAAGCCAUGGCUUCUACGUGCAUUGAAUUGUAGCCUUGGAAGCAGGUUUUGGUAUGGUGGCCUCUUCAAGAUUGGUUAUGAUAUUUCCCAGUUCAUAGGGCCCAUGAUACUAAAUCAUCUCUUAACGUCUUUGGAACGAGGAGAUCCUGCUUGGGUUGGUUAUGCCUAUGCUUUUUCAAUUUUUGUUGGAGUGUCAUUUGGAGUUCUUUGUGAAUCUCAGUACUUUCAGAACAUGAUGCGUGUUGGUUUCAGGCUAAGAUCAACUUUGGUAGCUGCUAUUUUUUGGAAAACUUUGAGGCUAACACAUGAGAGUCGCAAGAGCUUCUCAUCCGGAAGAAUAACAAAUAUGAUAACAACCGAUGCUAAUGGACUUCAGCAAAUAUGCUGCCAACUUCAUGGCUUAUGGUCAGCUCCAUUUCGAAUUUUGAUAGCCAUGGUUCUUCUAUACCAGCAGUUAGGGGUGGCAUCAAUUCUUGGUUCUCUUAUGUUGGCUCUAAUGUUUCCCAUUCAGACUUAUAUUGUAAGCAAGAUGCGAAAACUAUCCAAGGAAGGACUGCUGCGUACUGACAAAAGAGUUGGUCUAACCAAUGAAAUUUUAAUGGCCAUGGAUGCGGUUAAAUGUUAUGCGUGGGAGAAGAGCUUUCAGUCCAAGAUCCUGAGCAUGAGGAAUGAUGAACUCUCAUGGUUCAAGAAAGCACAGUUGCUAGCAGCGCAUCCCUGUUCUUGUAACUGUGGUUUCGUUCGGAAUGUUCACUUAUCUUGGUGGAAAUUUGACACCUGCCCGGGCGUUUACCUCUCUUUCUCUUUUUGCUGUUCUGCGUUUUCCCUUGAACAUGCUUCCCAACUUGAUAACUCAGAGUUGGAGUUUCUUUUCUUUUGUGUUCGUAACUUAUUGGAGUUACAUGUAUCAAAUUUUCAUUUACAAACAGUCAUGCAGGUGGUAAAUGCAAAUGUAUCACUACAACGGCUGGAGGAAUUGUUCAUAGCUGAAGAAAGAAUCCUUUCACCAAAUCCACCUAGGGAACCAGGCCUUCCUGCCAUUUCAAUCAAGGAUGGAUACUUUUCAUGGGAUCCUAAGGCUGAAAGUCCCACCAUAUCAAAUAUAAAUCUUGAUAUAGCAGUGGGCAGCCUUGUGGCAGUUGUUGGUGGCACUGGAGAAGGAAAGACAUCUCUAAUAUCAGCAAUGCUUGGGGAACUUCCGGCUUUAGGAGAUACAAACGUUGUCAUUAGAGGAACUGUUGCUUAUGUUCCUCAAAUUUCUUGGAUAUUCAAUGCCACAGUGCGAGAAAACAUACUGUUCGGGUCUAGCUUUCAACCUGCCCAAUAUUGGAAAGCUAUAGAAGUUACAGCAUUGCAGCAUGAUCUUGAGUUACUUCCAGGUCAUGACCUUACAGAGAUAGGCGAAAGAGGAGUUAAUAUCAGUGGAGGACAAAAGCAGAGAGUCUCUAUGGCAAGGGCUGUGUACUCUGACUCAGAUGUAUACAUAUUUGAUGACCCCUUGAGUGCUCUAGAUGCACAAGUUGGACGACAGGUUUUCAACAAAUGUAUUAAGGAAGAAUUGCAAGGAAAAACAAGGGUGCUUGUGACAAACCAGCUACAUUUUCUUCCACAGGUGGAUAGAAUUAUUUUGAUAUCUGAAGGUACGGUGAAAGAGCAGGGCACCUUUGAAGAGCUUUCCAGAGAUGGCACGCUUUUCCAAAAGCUAAUGGAUAAUGCAGGAAAAAUGGAAGAACAUAUUGAAGAAAAUGGAGAUGUCACAAUUACUAGCUGUAAAUCUUCACAAUCUUUUGGCAUACUGGAUGAGCAGCCAAAGGACACUGACUCAAUGAGUACAAGGAAGGAAGUUGAAUCUGUUCUAAUCAAGCAAGAAGAGAGAGAGACAGGUGUUGUCAGCUGGAAAGUUUUAACAAGGUAUGAAAAAGCUUUAGGAGGCAUAUGGGUUGUCAUGGUGCUGUUCAUGUGCUAUACACUAACUGAAGUUCUUCGAGUUCUGAGCAGCACAUGGUUAAGCAAGUGGACAAGGGAAAGUGCUGUAAAGAACUAUAGGCUGGGUUUCUACAUUUUGGUUUAUGCACUUUUAUCUUCUGGUCAGGUGGUGGUGGCAUUGGCAAAAUCCUUUUGGUUGAUCACAUCAAGUCUCAAUGCAGCUAAAAGACUCCAUGAUUCUAUGUUACAUUCAAUACUCAAGGCUCCAAUGGUUUUCUUCCACACUAAUCCAACCGGACGAAUUAUAAACAGAUUCUCGAAGGAUAUUGGUGAUAUUGAUCGUAAUGUUGCUAAUCUUGCAAGUAUGUUUCUUAACCAACUGUGGCAGCUUCUGUCAACGUUUGUGCUCAUCGGUGUUGUGAGCACUGUAUCCCUCUGGGCCAUCAUGCCACUUCUGAUUGUAUUUUAUGCCGCCUACUUAUAUUUUCAGAGUACGUCUCGGGAAGUGAAACGUCUAGAUUCCAUUACCAGGUCUCCUGUGUAUGCACAAUUUGGAGAAGCCUUAAAUGGUUUAUCAACCAUUCGUGCGUAUAAAGCAUAUGACCGGUUGGCAAACAUCAAUGGAAAAACUAUGGACAAUAAUCUCAGGUUCACUCUUGUGAAUACAAGUUCCAAUCGCUGGCUCAACAUAAGGCUGGAAAGCCUUGGAGGUAUUAUGAUCUGGUUGACUGCAACCUUUGCGGUAAUGCAGAAUGGAAGAGCAGAAAACAAGGUUGCAUUUGCAUCCACAAUGGGUCUGCUGCUUAGUUAUUCUUUAAACAUUACAGAUUUGUUGGGUAAUGUUUUAAGACAAGCAAGUAGGGCUGAAAAUAGUUUGAAUUCUGUUGAGCGUGUGGGAACAUAUAUUGAUUUACCAGCUGAAGCUCCAGAUAUUAUUGAAAGCAAUCGGCCUCCACCUGGAUGGCCUUCAGCAGGACUAAUCAAAUUUGAAGAUGUUGUCCUUCGCUACAGGCCUGGGCUCCCUGCUGUCCUACUUGGCUUGUCCUUCACAAUCUCUCCAACUCAGAGGGUCGGUAUAAUUGGAAGAACUGGUGCAGGAAAAUCCAGCAUGCUCAAUGCUUUAUUCCGGAUUGUAGAACCUGAAAGAGGGAGAAUCUUGAUUGAUGGUUGCGACAUUUUAAAGUUUGGAUUGACUGAUCUACGUAGAGUUCUUAGCAUUAUACCACAAUCACCAGUUCUUUUCUCUGGAACUGUGCGAUUUAAUCUGGAUCCCUUCAAUAAACAUAGUGAUCUUGAUCUCUGGGAGGCACUAGAGCGGGCACACCUAAAGGAUGUCAUUCAGAAAAAUGCUUUUGGUCUGGAUGCCGAGGUCUCAGAAGGAGGUGAGAACUUCAGUGUUGGGCAGAGGCAGUUGCUUAGCCUUGCUCGAUCACUGCUCCGGAGAUCAAAGAUUCUCAUCCUUGAUGAAGCAACUGCAGCUGUUGAUGUUAGAACCGAUGCACUAAUCCAGAAAACUAUUCGAGAAGAAUUUAAGUCAUGCACAAUGCUCAUUAUUGCUCACAGGCUAAAUACUAUCAUUGACAGUGACCGGAUCCUGGUGCUUGAGGCUGGUCAGGUAGUGGAAUAUGAUACACCUGAGAAGCUGCUUCUCAAUAAAGGAAGUGCUUUGUCGAAGAUGGUUCAAAGUACAGGAGCUGCAAAUGCUGAGUACUUACGCAGCUUAGUACUGAGAGAUGAACAAGAGAACAAGUUGAAAAGGGAGUCCAUGCACAUUAAUCGACAGGGGGAUUUGGCUGGUAUCUUCCCACUGGACAGCUGCAGACAGCCAUACUAAGCACCAUGUCAAAGCUUUUAGCGUAUGAAUUUGAGAACGCCAUUAACGCACAAAACACAUCAGGGACGCUCGUUUGUAAGUUGUUCAAAAUCAUGGCUUGCAUGAUUUGAAUAGAGAUUAUAAACUUGGACUUCUCAUCAUCCACAUAUUUCUUCAAUACUUCAGCUCGCUUCACUGACAAAGGAUGCUGUGGGCCAAGAAAAGUCUGCGACUCUUCAUUAGUGAAUCUCUGUUCAAACUUCAUCUCUAUUUCAGAUAGCAAGUUCAGCUCGCGUUCUAGCCUCCUCUCAAGCUUAUCAGAUCUCUUAUACAGGUUCACUUCUUCCUGUUGCAAAACUAUGGGUUGGGCAGCUGGUAAAAGGCACUUAUGCCCUCCAGAGCCAUCUGUACCAAAAAACCAGUGUACAUGUAGUGUUAUUUACAAAUUACAAUAACAAGAUAAUCGCCAAGACUGUCUUUUUGAACAUAAAAACUUUUGAGUGAUAUAUGCAUGGGGACUGUUUUUCUA